AUGGUUGACGCCGAAGCCGAUCCCGGCUGGAAAUACCUGCGAAUCGGAAGGGAGGAGGCCAUUCAGGCCAACUCGAAGCCGUACGACUCGAAACGCCAUUGCUGGAUUCCGGAUGCCGAGGAGGGGUAUAUUGGGGCCGAGAUAUCUUCGGACAAUGGCGAUUUCACGACUGUUGUUACUCAACGUGGCAAUCAAAUCACCCUGAAGAAGGAGCUCAUCCAGGAGAUGAACCCCCCGAAAUUCGAGAAAACCGAAGAUAUGGCCAAUCUGACGUUCCUCAACGACGCCUCGGUGCUGUACAACCUGAAAGCGCGCUACGGAGCCAUGCUCAUCUACACGUACUCCGGACUGUUCUGCGUCGUCAUCAACCCGUACAAACGUCUCCCCAUCUACACCGAUUCGGUGGCCCGUCUCUACAUGUCGAAGAGAAAGACCGAAAUGCCCCCUCAUCUCUUCUCCGUCUCUGAUGAGGCCUACCGUAACAUGUUGAUCGACCACGAGAACCAGUCGAUGCUCAUCACCGGAGAAUCCGGAGCCGGCAAGACCGAGAACACCAAGAAGGUGAUCGCCUACUUCGCGGCUGUCGGUGCCAAGCAGAACGAAGUGAAAGGAGUCAAAUCUGAGGCUCGAGGAGAGAAGCCGACACUGGAGGACCAGAUCGUCCAGACAAAUCCGAUUCUCGAAGCUUUUGGGAAUGCGAAGACCGUGCGGAACAACAAUUCUUCUCGCUUCGGAAAGUUCAUCCGUAUCCACUUCUCGAAGCUGGGCCGUGUCGCUUCUUGCGAUAUUGAGCACUACCUGCUGGAGAAGUCUCGUGUCAUCCGUCAAGCCCCAGGAGAGCGUUGCUACCACAUCUUCUACCAAGUAUUCGCCGCUGGGGAGAAGCUCAGGGAGGAGUUGAUGCUCAACAAGGCCCUCAAACAUUAUCCGUUCGUCUCCCAAGCCGAGCUCUCAAUCGACGGGGUCAACGACGGCGAGGAGUUCGGGCUGACGGAUGAGGCAUUUAAUGUCUUGUCUGUGGCAAAAGAAGAUCGGCAAAAUGUGUAUCGUCUUGUAUCGGCACUCCUCCAUAUGGGGGCAAUCCCCUUCAAACAGCGACCCAGAGAAGAACAGGCUGAAGCUGAUCAGGGAUCUGAUCAAGCUGCCAGGGCGGCGAAAAUGUUGGGUGUAGAUGAACAGCCCUUCGUGCAGGCGUUGCUCAAGCCCAAGGUGCGCGUCGGAUCCGAGUACGUCACCAAGGGCCAGAAUCUCUCUCAAUUGUGGAUCAACUUUGUCAACGAGAAGCUGCAGCAGUUCUUCAACCACCAUAUGUUCGUCCUCGAGCAGGAGGAGUACGCCAGGGAGGGCAUCCAAUGGACGUUCAUCGAUUUUGGACUCGAUUUGCAGGCCUGCAUCGAGCUGAUCGAGAAGCCCAUGGGCAUCAUCUCCAUGUUGGACGAAGAAUGUAUCGUCCCCAAGGCCACUGACUUGACUCUUGCCCAGAAGCUCGUCGAACAACAUCUUGGCAAACACCCCAACUUCGAGAAGCCGAAGCCGCCAAAGGGCAAACAGGCCGAGGCCCACUUUGCCAUGCGUCAUUAUGCUGGUACUGUACGGUACAAUGUGCUGAAUUGGCUGGAGAAGAACAAGGAUCCACUCAACGAUACUGUCGUCGGGGUCAUGAAAGCGUCCAAGGGGAAUCCGCUGCUUGGGGAGAUCUGGAAGGGUCAUCAGACACAGGAGGAGUUACAGGCCCUCCAGAAAGAAGCGGGCGGGAAGAAGAAGGGCAAAUCCGGGUCGAUGCAGACGGUUUCUAUGCUCUACCGCGAAUCGCUCGCCAAUCUGAUCUCCAUGCUACACACUACACAUCCACAUUUUAUACGUUGCAUCAUCCCGAACGAGAAGAAACAAUCGGGGCUGAUUGAUGCGGAUUUGGUGCUGAACCAGCUGACGCAUCGAUACGCGCUGCUUGCCAUCACUGAAGCGAAGAGCAGUGAAUGCCCAAAAGAAGCUAGUAUGGCAAUGCUAGCCAGGCUUAUCACCUCAAAUGCCCUCCAUGAUGAACAAUUCAGGAUGGGAAGGACGAAGGUCUUCUUCAAGGCAGGUGUCGUCGCACACCUCGAAGACCUUCGCGACGAAAAAUUGCACGCCAUUUUCACCCAACUACAGCUCCAUGUUCGCUCGUAUUUGGCACAGACGGACCAACGUCGUCGCCAGUCCCAACGCGCCGGUCUGCUCAUCAUUCAGCGGAAUGUCAAAUCGUGGUGUGGCUUCAGGGCCUGGCCGUGGUUCUCGCUUUUCAGCAAGGUUCGCCCCCUCCUCGUCGAGGGCAAGAGGGCAGAAGAAAUUGCGAAGUUCGAAGCACGACUCCGUGAACUUGACGAUGCAGAGGAAAUGGAGGAGAAAGAGGGAAAGAUGGAAGGCAUGGAGAAGAUGAUCAACAACAAUGAGGAGAAGUUGGAGAGGCUCCGAGCUGAAGUGACUGAAGCUGAGGGCAAAACAGAAGCCUCAUUGAGGGAGAGGAGAAGACUUGAAGCGGAAGCUGAGGAGGCUGGAAGGAAACUACAAACGAUGGAAAUGACGCUGAGAAAGGCUGAAACGGGAAGAGAGGGAAGGGAUAGACAAGCGAGGACUCUUCACGAGGAAAUUACGCAGCAGGAUGCGGUUAUUGCUAGGGCCACAAAAGAGAAAAAGGCGCUGGAGGAGGCGAACGAGCGACUGAGGGACGAUUUGCAGAUCAAUGAGGAUAAGCGGCAGAUUCAGGGCCGCGGCGUCUCAAAAAUGGAGCAACAACUCCGGGAGCUCGAGGAAGCCGUCGAGGCCGAGAAGCGAGCACGACAUAAUGAGGACAAAGAGAGAAGGAAGAAGGAGAUGGCUGUGAGACAAUUGGAGGAGAGGAUGGAAGAAGAGGAGCAGAUGGUCGCCACGUUGCAGAAACAGAUCAAGGAAUCCACAAAUCGCGGCAAUGAACUCGUCGAGACCCUGGAAACCGAACGAGAAUCCCGAAAACGCAUUGAACGAUCGAUUCUUGAACUUCAAGCGGAAUUGGAUGAUAUUAACGAAAGACUGGAAGAACAGGGUGCGACUACGGUGGAACACUCGGAAAUCAAUAAAAGGAGGGAGAACGAGAUUGUGCGGCUGAAAAGGGAGAUUGAAGAUGUGACAGAACAGCAUGAAGCACAGAUCACCGACUCGAAGAAACGCAUGGCCGAAGCGACAGCCGACAUCACCGAUCAAUUGGAAUCAGAGGGAAGAAUCAAGGCACAACUACAGACCGAACUCCUCCGUGCCGCCCAGCUAGCCGAAGAUGAGACGCACAACCGGGCAGAAGCCCUCCAUGAAUCGAGAAGAGCCGCUGAGGCCGUUGAAGCACUGAGGAGCCAGCUGGAAGAGGAAACAGCUCAAAGACUCGAACUCUCCCGCCAAUUGUCAAAGGCUGUGAAGACAAAGCAUACGGUAGAGCUGAAUGAUGCUAUCGAGACUGUCCGGGAGAAGAUUGGAGUACUGGAGAAACAGAAGGGCAGGAUGGCUGGGGAGCUGGAUGAUGCCCAGGUGGAAGCAUCCCGUAUCAACAACCUGGCCGCAGAGCUGGAGAUGCGGCAAAAGGGACACGACAAAUUGGCGGAAAAGCUGAAGGAGGAAUAUGAUGAAGUGACAGCGGAAGUGGCUACUGUAGAGAGGAAUCACAUGGAUACCGUAGCCGAUCUGAUCAGGGCCAAGGCGGCCAAAGAAGAACUGACCGAUCAGAUCGACAGUCUCAGACGUGAAGCCACCGCCCUCCAACAACAAAUCCGAGCCCUAUCGAAUGAGCUGGGCGAGGGAGGCCGACAAUCUCACGAUAUUCAGAAGACAAUCCGAAGACUUGAGGCGGACAAAGAACAACUACAAGCAAGCCUUGAUACAGCUGAGAAUGCCCUCGAAGCCGCUGAAAUAAAAGCACAGGGGGCACAGGCUGAUGUCACUUAUAUAAGGACCGAGAUUGAGAAGAGGGUCCGGGAGAAGGAAGAGGAAUUCGAGGCGGCAAGGAAGAAUCAUGAAAGGGCAUUGGAGAGUAUGCAAGUUACAAUCAACACUGAGGCCAAGGCUAAGGGGGACAUGAUGAAGGCCAAAAAGCACCUCGAAUCCGAGAUGAACGAGCUGGAGAUGUCCGUCGACCACGCCAACAAGCAAGCCGCCGAUGCCGGGAAAUCGCUGAAGAAGUGUGUUGAUACGAUUCGAGACCUCCAAUUGCAGCUCGAGGAGGAGAAACGGCAGAAAGAAGAGGUCAACGACAAACUCGCUGGUGCUCAAAAACGUGUCACUGGACUGAGGACCGAUUUGGAAGAGAUGCAUUCGGAGGGAAGGAAUCUGAUGAAGGAAAAGAAUGAAGCCGAAGCGGAAGCUGGACAGGCGAAGGAAGAACUACAGGGAGUGAUGACACAGAUACAAACACUCAAUACGGCAAAGAGGAGGCUGGAGGGAGAACUCGAUGCGCUCCAAACGGAUCUUGACGAAAGCCUUCAGGGCCUGAAAACCUCAUCUGAAAAGUGGAAAAAGGCUGAGCAAGAGAUGGGAAGAUUGGAGGAAGAGCUGAAGAGAGAACAGGGAAGAGGAAGAGACAUAGAGAUGACGAAGGGCAGAUUGAUGGAACAGCUGAAUCAAUUCAAGGCCAAGCUCGAGAAUGCCGAGGGGGAGAGCUUGAGGGCUGGAAAGAAGGCUGUCGGCCGAAUGGAGCAAAAGGUGCACGAGUUGGAGGCCGACCUUGAUGUGGAGCAGAGGAAGACUCGAGAAGUUCUGCAACGCCAAGGCGCGGCUGAUCGACGAGUUCGAGAGUUGCUCUUCCAGGUGGAAGAGGACAAGAAGAACUUUGAACGGUUGAACACCCAGGUGGAGCAGCUACACGCGAAGAUCAAGGCUCAGAAGGGACAACUGGAAGAGGCGGAAGAACUGGCCAACACCAACCAGCAGAAAUUCCGGCAACUCCAGCUCCAACUCGAUGAAGCCGAGGAUAGAGCCGAGACGGCUGAACAGGCACUGACCAAACUACGCCUCAGCAGUCGCUCUGGGACCUCAGGACCUCGGACGGGAGGACUUCAGACAUCCGCCACGAUGUCGGCCAUUGGAAGGCAGAGGAACUAUGAUCCGAACCAU